UCGUACGAUCGAGACUAGAUAGCUCAGCUCGUAGGAAUAUAUCGAUCGAAAUUAACCUGUAGCUGUAGCAGCAGUAGUGUCGUCGUCGUCGAUCGGACGGACGCCGAUCAUCAGCUAGCGUCGUCUAGCGAUAUAUACAUACAUGGCGGCAACGGUUGCGCGGCAGCAGCCGGCGGGGAUGAUGAUGGCGCGGGUGGACCGGCUGGACCUGCUGCUGGGCUACCUGGAGGAGAGAAUGCACCGCAACGGCAACGCUAGUCCUCCUCCUAGUGCUACUACCACCGCAUCCUCGCCGUCCACCCCUGCCGGCGUCGGUGGCCAUCGCGGGCUCGUCAGCAGUGACGACGACGACUCUUCCGCCGCCAGCACGCCGCAGGGCAGCAAGACGUGGCGGCGCCCGCGGCCGGCCAAGGAGGUGCUGGAGGAGGCGCAGGCCAAGGGAAGCCUCAUCGACCGCAUAGCCUUCCUCGAACACCGUGUACUCAAGAUGGAGGAGGACAUGGUGAUCACACCAGCAGCAGCAGACGAGGACGACAAGGCUAGCCACCAGCCGAUCAGAGCGAUGGUCGGCCACGAAGACGCCAGGACGAAGGAGAAGGUGCACGACGAUGCAAGCAGCAGGAAGAAGAAGAAGAAGAAGGGGCUCAAGAGCUUGGUCAAGUCCUGCGUCAGAGGCAACCUCAAGACCAAGGACUGAGGGCGCUAAUUUGCAUUGGUGGGUUUGGCAGGCUGG